GCUAUAAAUAUCGUUAGAUUUUUUCGAAUCAAAAUUCAUAUAACAACCAACCAACCAACCAUCAACGUCUUCACUACAUUACCAAAAAUUUAUUUGAUUACUUUACUUGUUUGUCACCGAUUUUCUUCCAGAAAAACCAACCAACCAAACAAUAAUCAUGGCCAUCGAAGGAAAAUAUGAAAUGGAAUCUUCCGAACAUUUUGAAGAAUUCGUUAAAGAAAUGGGUUUGGAAGUUGAUAUGACUAAUAUUGAUCUGUCGAAAACAUCAACAAUGGAAAUCAGUAAAGAUGGUGAUUCAUAUUUGAUUAAAAGUAAUACGGCUGGUAUCAUACAUGAAAUUAAAUUCAAAUUGGAUGAUGAAUUUGAUGAUGAUAUGAAUGGACAUAAAUUUAAAAAUAUUGUAAAAAUGGAUGGUGAUAAUAAAAUGGUACAGACAAAAACAUCGAUUGAUGGUGGUAAAGUUGUUAAUGUUUUACGUGAAUUUACCGAUAAUGGUUGUACAGUAAAAUCCACUUACAACAAUGUUACAUGGACUCGUGUUUAUAAACGAGUUUAAAUCGAUUGGAAAUUGCUUUCUUUCUCUCUCUCUCUCGGAUUUCUCUCCAAAUUAAUUAAUUAAUUUAAUCCAGAUUUUUCAAUUGUAAUCCGAAUAAAUAAAUUUAAAAAAAAAUAAUAAC